AUGAAUGUGAGGAGUUCCAGAAACGGGCUUCCUACCGGGCUUGGACUUUCUCUGGCGGAUGAGAAAUCGUCCCUACCCAGGCCUCCUUCGCUGGAGGUGAGAGAUGUUUCCCACCAGAUCCUGGACAUAAUUUUUGAGUACGCUCUCAACAAAUUCGAUGAUUCGAAAGAUCGGCUCGCUGCGGGCGCAGCCAAGUUCUUAUCAGUCAUUGACCAGUUCGUCAUGGCAGGGAGACGAGUGGAGACCUGUCUCCCAGCAUUCCCAUUCAAGUCCGCCAACAAGGUCUACAAGGUGCUCGGUACUCUCCCCGAUAAGGCCGAAGAGCUGGCUCUUGAACGGCUGAAUUCCAUGUGCACGCGCAUCAAGGAAGUGUACAAACCCGGCGCCAGGGUCACUAUCAUUUCGGACGGCAUUACAUACAAUGACCUGCUGUCAAUAUCAGAUCGCGAUACCUGGGCUUACGGAGAAGCCCUGCGCAAGAUGGCUGCGGAGAAGAAAUUCAACUAUAUUGACUUCUCCCGAAUGAAAGACCUACUCGAGUUUCCGCUGCCGGACAAGCUACGAGAAAUCACUUACGUUGCCAACUGCACCAACUUCCGGCGAUUACUUCUCAAUAAGUACGGCAGACCCGACAUCGACAUCGACCAAGAGAUUGUCAACAAUCCAGAUACGAAGCUGACAUAUCUCGGCUACCGGAAAUUCUUGGAGUCGGAUUUGAGGCAUAUCUUCACGCUCAGCGAGAACCGGGGCAGCAACGCCUACAAGAGAGACGUGAAGUAUCUUGCGAAACAGAUGCUCCUCCGAGGAUAUGCCUUUGCUGGGGCUGUCAAACAUGCCUUUCCCAACCAUCUGCGGCUCUCCAUCCACGAAUCGAUAGGCGAGCACAAGGUGUCGAUGAGCCUUCUAAACACCAAGACCGGAUACACAACUCCAUGGCAUUGCAGCGUCGCCUUACUGGCGGAUGGAGAGUGGGUUAGCGCUCCCAUGGGAGACUUCCAAAAAGACUCUCGGCUAGAGCUCGUGUACGAGAAUGACCGACCAAGUUAUUUCAAGGAAAAGCCACGUGAGCCCGGUACGCCUAGUAUCAGCGAGACGUCAGCAAGCUAUCUGCAAGCACCCAAGCGUUUCAGCGGGACCGCCAGUGGAUACUCCUCGCCCAGUGUGGCCUCGGCAAUCAGCAGAUACUCGACGCCCGUUGCGCAAACCCCAGCCACGUCCUACUUUGGGCAGUCGCCCAAUGUCUCAUCCGUAGUAGAAGCCGCUGUCAAGAAAGCAGACAGCCCACACAUGAAUGGCACAACUUCAACGGCAUACGGCCGCAGGCUCAUCCCUCAGAUCAUGGAGAGCCUGGCGGCCGCCGAGCCAAAUCGCACCGUAUUUUCAGUAGCGAAAGUCUCCGGUAAUUCUCUUGAAUUCCGGGAUAUAUCGGCUCGAGCAUUCAUGAAAGCAGUCGACAAAACGGCUUGGUGGCUUCAUAACCAAGUUGGAAAGCCAGCGUCAAUCCGGCCAAUGGGCUACAUUGGACCGCACGAUCUCCGACACAUCCUACUGACCUACGCUUGUGUCAAGGCCGGCUACGCCGCGCUGUACCUUUCGCCCAAGAACAGCACGGAAGGAGCUUUGGCGGUCCUAGAGGCAACCAAAUGCGACAUCUGGGUCAAAGCCUGCGAAGUGGCUGCUGUCCCGCUGGUGAAGGAGAUCCUGCAGAAACGGUCAAUGAGAUUGCUGGAGCUUCCUCUCCUUGACGAGCUUCUCGACGCUGAGACUACCGAGCCCUUCCCGUACACUAAGACAUUUGAAGAAGCUACUACGGAUCCAUUCUGCUUCUUACAUACGUCUGGGUCCACCGGCGUGCCGAAGCCUAUCCCGUGGUCCCAUGGAUUGAUCGGCACGAUGGAUGCGGUGCGCCUGCUCCCGCCCACCAAGGGCGAUGAAGUCCUGGCGCCAUGGACGUCACUGUGGAAGGAAGGCUAUAGAAUCUAUUCGUCUUUCCCUAUGUGCCAUGGUGCCGGUAUCAUCAUGAACAUUCUCCUGCCGGCGCUAUUCGGCCUACACUGCAUUUUAGGCCCAUCGAAUGUCAUGCCCAAUAUCAACCUGAUAGAGACCCUCGCCGAUCAUGCGAAGGUCGACAUCUGGAGCAUGGUCCCAUCACUCGUUGAUGAGCUUGGCGAGACUCCCGAAGUCCUGGCGAAGUUCAGGUCCUCGAAAUUCAUAUGUGCAUCCGGAGGCCCCGUUAGCCCAGUCAGUGCCGGCAAAGCGAACGAGGUGAUCAGGGUCCUGAACUUGACCGGCACUACAGAAGGCCUAUUCAUCGGCAACCUUGUGGUGCAGAGAGAAGACUGGUUCUGGUUUGCGUUCCACCCCUACUCUGGGUUUGAGUUCAAGGAAGUGGAGCCAGAUACGUAUGAGCAUUGGGUGCAUCGCAAUGAGCACGCAUCCUUGUUCCAAGGCAUCUUCCACACGUUCCCGAACGAGCAGUCGAUCAACUUCAAGGACCUGUACAUGCGGCAUCCCACUAAGCCGAAUCUCUGGGCCUUUAAAGGGCGAAACGAUGAUCUUAUCGUCCUGUCCAACGGAUACAAGAUCCUGCCUCUGGAAACGGAGGCCUUCAUCUCUACCCACCCGGCAAUCGACGGGUGCCUUGUCAUCGGGAGCAACAAGCCUCAGGCGGGGCUGCUCAUUGAACUGAAGGAUCCGUCAUCGAAGUCCGAUGAGCUCUUCGAGAGCAUCUGGGCCACAGUCGAAAAGGCCAACUCGAUGUCCCGGCACACGGACCAGCUGCUGCGGGACUUCAUCACCUUCGCAGAGCCGGACAAGCCUUUCAUCCGUACGGACAAGGGGACUGUCAAGCGACGGGCCACUUUGACACUCUAUGCUGACUACAUUGAGCGUUUCUACGGCUCGCGAAGCGAUGAAAUAUCGUUUGCCGUAGACACCACGUCGACGGAGUCAAUCCGGGAGUCGAUCCGCGAGAUUCUCGCCUCUUCGGCGCCGGAGAUCCAGCAAGCCACGCCUGACGACGAUCUAUUUGAAUUCGGAUUGGACUCGCUCGGUGUGUUCGCGGCCAUCAAGGCCAUCCGUGCGGCCAUCGAAGGCUUGGACCAGCUUGCUCCUCGUCACCUCUACGCCAAUCCUACCCUCGCCAAGUUUUCUACUGCUGUCUCAGGCUUAGUGACUGAUGCAAAGAAGGGCAAGCGUUCCGCGGAUGACAAUGAGUCCAAGAUGCAACGGAUGAUGGCGCGGCACAGGGCACACCAAUCGUUCCGGCUCAAUGCGUUCGACUAUGUCAACCCAAACCAUUACAUGGGGUUGGUCUUCUACUUUCCUCUACGCGCAGGCGUUAGCUUCGAAGACACCUUCGCGAAUAUGCAGGAGGGGCUCAACCGCACCUUCGAACUCAUUCCAGCUCUCGGAGGCAAGAUGAUACGCUGCUCCGAACACGAGAUUGGGUUUUCUAAGGGCGAACUCUGCGUCGCUGUUCCACCCAUCUCUGCACCGACGCGCAACCGCCUGGUUUACAAGGACCUCUCGCGCGUCCUUCCCCCAUUCGAACAGCUGCGCAAUGGAGGGUUCGUGCCCUCAGCCUUCAAGGACGAGCUUGUCCUGCGACAAGACACGUUCCCCCAGCUCCCCGCGGAUAUAUUUGUCGGGCAGGUCAACUUUGUCGAGGGCGGUUGCAUCCUCGCUGUGGAUCUCAACCACUGUUGCCUUGACGGCGUCGGUUUCAUGAUCGCCCUCAAGGCAUGGGCCGAGAACUGCAGAUAUCUGCAGGGCGACAAAUCGGCGACGUGCGACUGGUACGAUCCUGAGAGUUUCAACCACAGCCUGCCCGAGAUCCUCCACGAACUGGAAGGGCAUGCACGGCCUGUGCAUGAGGUCGAUCCGGACAUCUGGGGGUUCCUGCCGUUCGUUCCAUCGGAGCAGGAUGCAGCGAAGAACCCCUCAACUAACGGCGCGGUCAAGGAAGGGCCUCUCGGGCGGCCGCCUGUCUUCCCUCUGCACUCCGUCUGGCCGCUGCCUCCCGCCGAGAGGAAACUGGAUACGACCUUGUUCUUGAUCCCUCCCGAGAAGGUGCAGCAGCUCAAGCAGGAAGUCGUGGCCGACCCGGAAGCCAAAGGUGCUAUCACAUCCGUCAGCGACAUUGUGCAGGCCUUCUUCUGGAGGUCAGCCCUCAGGGCACGCUACCAUGUUGCCAAGGAGCUCCGGGGUGAGGUGUUUGGGCCUGAGGAUACGUCCAUUCUCGAGCUGCCGAUCGAUGGCCGCCCCUACUUCUCGUCGAUGCUGCCGUCGACGUAUAUGGGCAGCAUGCUCAUCCUGAACCGGUCCAGCAUGCCCGCCGAGGAGCUCUGCGCGCCCGAUACUAGCAUCGGGCACAUUGCAUAUCUGCUGCGCGGGUCUGCUGCGCGCAUUACGCCCUCGCUCGUACACGACGCGUUCACGCUGCUUCAGUCGUUGCCCGACCACAGCAGGUUCUCGACGGCCAACAUGGGCCUCGAGCACAUGCACGCCAUGAUCUCAAACAUGAUCCUCUUCCAGACGAGCGAGAUCUGCUUUGGCGACGCCUUCUUCGCGAACGGGGGCUCCCCUGAGACGAUGCGCCCGCAGCUCGAACGAGCCAGCGGCCGGUUCCGGUUCUUGGUCAUAUUCCCGAUGAAGCCUGAUGGGGGUGUUGAGCUGGUACUGGGCACCUUCCCUGAGGAGCGGGACAUGCUCGAGCGGGACGAAGAGUUCAUGAAGUAUGCGGAGCUUGUGGAUGUGGAUAUCUGCUGA